AUGUCAAAAGAGUCUCCAGACCAUGUAAAAUGCUUUGCUUGAAAGGAUAUUUACCCGAAGACGUACAUCCAGUACAUUGACAAGGGAAAUGUGCACCCUCAGCAAAGUUUUAGAAGUUCUAUCCAUCAAGCAAGGCAUAAAGAUCCUAUUUUUAACCAUAAAAUUCCAUUUUGCUACAAUUGCAUGCCUGACCCAGCUAUUACUAAGUCUUCAAGGAGUAGAUUUGAGGUGCCCAGGAUCUCUGAGGAUAUUCUACACAAGUCGUUUGAUGACAGAGGAACAGAAGAUUUCAAGCACCAAAGUUCUCCAAAUCCUAAAUAAAUCAUCAAUUUCCCAUAGAAAACAUCGAAAUUCCACAAUUACAAAAAUUCCCAAAGGAGUAAAUCAUUCUCUUCUGAACUGAAAGAAGGCGAUCAUGAAAUCUUUUAGAAAGUUGGAAGUCCUCAAGCCUCUCGAGCCUAUUUUCAAAAACAAAAAGGAUGGCCCAGAACAGCCAAGUGAUUACACAAUAGAUCAAAGCGAUAUCAUCAGGCUAAUGGCCAAACAGCUUAAAAAUAGAAGACUGUCGAGAGACAACAGUAAGAAUUACAUCAGACUCAACAAGAGCCAGAACAUUGAUGCUUCAAGAAUUCUGGAUAAAAGCAGGAAUACCGAAGCUGAAAAUACAAUCAAAAAGUCUUUCUCCAAGGCUAAAUUUAAAGUUAGGAAGGUCAGAAGGAAGACAAAUAUACGCUCCAAUAAUAAAUCUCAUAAUAAGCAAGUUCUCAAAAUGGUGAAAACCAUGAAUAAAGCAAUAUCUAGUUCUUCUGAAGACUCACUUGAAAGAGAAGAGUCUGAGGAAGAAUCCAAAAAGCUAACAAAAGCACCCAAACUUCCACUGAGCAAUUUACAUAGCUCCACUAUGAAUUAUCUAACCAUCCCUGGUUUAGACAAUGAUUUUUCUAGCAAUCAGACCAAUUUAGUGAAUUCAAGCUCAAAAGACUUAAAGGAUAGAAAAUUAAUUCCAAAAAAGUCUCCAAUAAAGUCUCCCUCAAUUAAAAGAAGGAAGAUUAAUAAUUUAUCAAUUUUGGUACCCCAGAGAGAGGGAAACCUCCUGAAUUCUAAACUAAAGAGUCCUCGUACAGCAGAAAAGUGCCUUCACAAGUUUACAUACCCUUGAAUCCCUGAAGUGAACCAAUCUUCUAAAGAUGAUAGAAGUUUACAUAGUAGUCAAGAAAAGAAAGCCUAUGUUAAUAACUUUGGACAAUGUGUUAAUGAAGAACUCCCUCUUUCAAGCUGGAAUAGAGAAAGUACAGGCAAGAGUUGAGAUUCAGCCUCUAUAUUAUAAAUAAAAUCUUUUACUCAAUGCUUCGAGUAGAUAACUUGAUAUCCAUUUAUCCAACAGACUCAGAGAAGCAUAAACAAAUGGCUGAGGUGAAGUCUUACUUGCAGCAGUAUUCUGACGUCUUUAAAAAUACUCAGAACGAACUGCUUCAGCUAGAAGCUAGAGAGCAUGAAGACCUCGACCAGCUCAGUCAAUUCUUCAACAGGAUCCGCAAAGAGCUCGAUUCCAAGGAGCAGCUGCUCAAAGCCAAGUACAAGAACAUGCUCAGUUCGUUCCAGACUUCAUUGGAGAUGGACCUGGAGUUUCUCGAAGCCAAAUGCAAGAGCUUGUGAGAAGUGGUUGACUCAUACUCUCACAAAUUCAGGACGCCCACAAAAUUAGAUCAAGACAGGUCUGAUGACAUCAUGAACAGCUACAAUCUUGAGUCCAUUCUUCUCAAAGAGAAAGUUGGCAUUAAAUAAACUUUGCCAUAAAGAAUUUACUGUUCAGCAACAAAAUGGGUUUAAAUUUCCCAAAAUUGAGUCAAAUUUCCUUCGAGUGAAAGAUCUGGUUGAUGAAGUUGAUGUGAUGUCUCCUUCAUUCCAUGACGUGACUGAAUUUAGUCGAGAAACGGUCAUAAGUCUUCAGAAACUUGAAGAUAGUAGCAAAGUUCUAAACACAGACUGUGGAACGAAUUAUAGUGCCAGGAAGGGUGAAGACUACCUUGAAAUUGAUGAAAGCUUAGAAAUAUCUGGUGAGAUUGAGAGUCAGCCCAUGAAUAUUCCUCAGGGCGACAACAGAAAGAAGCUGGCUAAUUCUAAGAAGUCGUAGCUUCAACAGACUAAUUUCUUUAAUAAUU